AUGCAUCUCGAGGACAAUCGAGACAGCUCCAAACAGCAGGAGCCCCCGAAGACCGAAGAAAAAGACGUGUCUGAUCAAGAUGCCAAAGAAGGCACAGAACAGGGUGCCGGCGAUGUCGAGCCAGCAGACAAGUCCUCGGAGCCCGACCCGAGGGUUGUAUUGCAGGGGUACAAGUCGCUUUACCGCGACAUGCAGUGCCGGCGACAACGACUGCGGGUCACCGAAGAACGCCUAGCGCUGGCCGAGUCCGUCGCGGCACUGGAAAGCCAUAGACUCGACGCGUUCGAACAGUACGUCAAAGACGUAGAAAGGAAGGCUGCCCCGCUACUGCGGAUUCUCAACAUGUUAGGGCUAGGGAAAUAA